AUGUCUAUUGUGCCCGGCAAAAACGGAUUUGCAAGGAGUUUGCCAAAGGCUUUCUCAUUCGGAAAAACAAUUCAAAGUAUAUUUCCCUUCUCCAUUCUCUGCUCGGAUGAUUGCCGCUUGUGUGAAUUUCAUUGCUGCGGGUCCCGCGUGUGCUCGAAUAAGAUUGUUUUAGGAUUCUAUUUAGUUGAAUUUAUUGACUCCGCGGUGCUGGUUAUCGAGUUUAUGGCGCCGCCGACCAUCCAAUCCAAUCCAAAAAGUAAAAGAUGGCGUCGGCAUUUACUUAUUAUGCUCUCUUCUAAUAUAAUAGUGGUCCCCCAGGUUGGUAUUCAGGUUGUAAAAUCCUGA